AACUUCUGCCUUUUCGGCUCUGCAAUCACCACGGCUCGUAAUCCAAAUCUCACGAACUCGACGAAGAUUCCGCUCAAGGUGUAUCGUCACUGCUUUCUCAAGGUUGCGUUCGGCGAUCCACACUUCGCUACGUACAUCGGCAAGUAGCAGAAGCAUCUGUCUAACCCUGUGAGCUUGGGAUUCUGUGCAUCCAGUGGUGGGAGGAGCAAAAUCGUUUCGUUUCAUCACGAGAAUCCCCUGACUUGAUCAGUGUGAUGGAUUUCGACGGUUAAUUCUGUUGUUAGGUGUCGAUGUGUCAGUCGCAUUCUGGGUGUGGUGGACGAACGGGUCUUUGUUGUUUUAGUUGUGUGGUGGUGGUGUCAGAGGUGCUGGUCGAGGUUCGAUUAGAGUAUGUCCGUGGUUAGCCGCGGUUGAUGUUGGACUUUGCGGCGGUUCUCAGAUUACUAGCACCGUGAGGGUUUUUGGGGUCUUGCCCGAGAGGCAGGAUUUUGGGAAUUAUUUGACUCUUUUGCACCCCGAUUUGUUUUACACCUACUUGCCACUUCAUAUCUUGUGCGUCUAUUCGUCUUGGGUGAAGCUCGGUAUCGCGAGGUUACAGGGUGAAAAUCUUUGAGGUUGUAUGACUUUAUGAAGCACGAUGCGGGCGGUGGCGCGAGCUCGAAGCUUGCACAAACAGGUCCCCUGGCGGCAGUCUCAUCUUCAAGCAGUAGGUGACGUGAGAUUUCAUGGGAGGGAAUUAUACCCACUCGCAGGGUAUAAUGCAAAUCGUCGGGGCUGCACAGAUUUCACUGCCAGCUGUAGCUUGCACGAGGAGUAUCCCUUCGCGAUCAGGGGCUUCGCAUCUUCUAUCGAUGUCUCCGUAUCAGGUGAGGAGUUUAAAGCAGGUCCAUUAGUAGAAUACGAGCGAAGAAUUGCCGCCCAGGAGCUAAAGCCUGGUGAUGAAUACCAGGAAAAGGCCGUGGCAGAACUCCAGGACUUGUACGAGAAUCUGAUGAGGGAUGCAGGCGAUAUUGGUUUGGAGAAAGAUCAGCCUCGAAGUUCUCAACGUGGCAGUGGAGGAGGUUGGCUGUUCAAACACUUCAUGUCCAAAUCGAUAACUCCAUCUCCUCGGGGACUUUACCUGUAUGGAGGUGUUGGAACCGGGAAGACCAUGCUUAUGGACAUGUUUUACGAGCAGUUACCCAGGAGGUGGAGGAAGAGCAGGACUCACUUUCACGAUUUCAUGUUACAUGUCCAUAGUCGUUUGCAAAGGAGACGGGGCAUGGCCGAUCCGCUGGAGAUGGUUGCUGGAGAAAUUGCUGAAGAAUCAGUUUUGUUAUGUAUUGACGAAUUCAUGGUUACGGAUGUUGCGGAUGCCCUCAUUUUGAAUCGACUUUUUGAUCAUCUCUUCAGAAAUGGAGUCGUUAUGGUAUCGACAUCAAAUAGGGCACCAGAUAAGCUUUACGAGGGUGGUUUGCAACGGGAUUUAUUUCUGCCAUUUAUCGCGACGCUCAAAAAACGAUGUGUGAUACAUGAAAUUGGCUCUUCCACAGAUUAUCGAAGAUUGACCGCUGCUGAAACUGGAUUUUAUUUUAUGGGUCCUGGAGCCUCUGAAACUCUGAGGAAGUUAUUUCUAGCAGAGUUAGAUGGAGAGGAGACCAAACCAACGAUUGUGGAGGUCAUCAUGGGUCGAAAGUUAAAGGUCCCUCUUGCUGGCGCAGGUUGUUCCAUGUUCCAGUUUCACGAAUUAUGUGAGAUGCCUUUGGGCGCUGCUGAUUUCUUCGGACUCUUCAAAAACUUCCACACGUUGGCGUUAGACAGCGUCCCUAUAUUUGGUUCACACAAUCGAUCUUCUGCUUACCGUUUUGUUACUCUAGUGGAUGUAAUGUAUGACCACAGGACGCGAUUUAUGUGCUCAGCAGAAGGAUCUCCACAAGAGCUCUUCGCUAAGGUAGUGACCCGAGCAGAUGCUCCUAAAAAAAGUGAUACUCGCUCUGUCCGUCACAGUGAUGCAGACUUGCUGGUAGACGACGAACUGGGGUUUGCUAAGGAUCGCACCAUUAGCAGAUUGACAGAAAUGCACAGCAAGGAGUAUUUGAAGGAGCAUGCUAAGACACAUAAGAGUGGCGAUUCUGCAAUUCGAGAAACCUGACAAUUCCAUUGAUAUUUUAGCCAGUAUUUACACUACCGUUGGUUGGCAUCAACCAAUGACAAGAUUUAAGCACCCAUUGGAAACGAUUCAUUUACUACAAAGCAUCGGAUUUUUCCUACUUUCAUCUCGAAGUGGGCAAUCGCCCCAAUAACCUGAAAUACUGUGUUUGUAAUCUCUUGUUUCUUCAAGCAGCGUGCUUCUGAUGUACAAUA